AUGAAAAGUUGUAAUGUUCGGUCAUGGUAUUGCAUAGCUUUUCUUGCAGUGAUGUCAGCCCACAAACGUCCUCCGUGUGCUCCCGUUUACGUAGCUGCGCCCACAAGGCCACCAUGUGCUCAGGGUUACAUGGCUCCCACUAGGCGACCUUGUCUUCCAGUAUAUGUAACUGCACCCACUAGGAAGCCAAGACCUCCUACGCCGCAGUGGAGCUUUGCAAAGCUGUUUGAGAAUUAUUAUGGAAGUAAAAGAGUUAUUGAUGGACCAUUCCGACUAAUGGACGGCACUAUGGUAGAGGUCGCUGAUACUCCAGUGUAUUGGUCUGAAAACAGUACGUAUCUCAUGAGAGAAUUGGUCACGGAUCAAGUGAUAAUAACGAGCAUGAAUUUGAAGUUUCCGCCAUCUCUCGAUGUUCGCUACAUUGAUUCGAGAUCAUGGGAGCCCGACCAUGACUCCCUGGAUUUUACUAGCUACACGACCACAAUGAUAGAGCAAAUGUUCGUGUACGGUGCAGUUGAAAUCAGUAGCAAUGCAAGAGCAGAUGUGCUCUCAAUUGGACUUGGAACUGGAUAUAUAAACUCAUAUCUGCACAAAAAUUAUCCAAGGAUGAAUAUAACGGUAGUCGAAAUCGAUCCGGUCAUGUUAGAGAUCUCAAAGAAAUGGUUCGGUUUGGUAUUAGACAACAGACAGCGAGUUUUGAUAGAAGAUGGCGUCCAAUUUGUAAGAAGAAUGGCAGCGGAGAAACGAGGUAAGGUCUACGAUGUUAUUCAUCUUGAUGCUUGCACCAUGGACGAGAGUGCUCAAGUAAAUUGUCCGAUCGAUAUAUUCAUGACUCCCGAGAUAGCGCGAGACUUUGCAGAGUUACUGGGCACUACAGGUAUACUCGUGAUUAAUGUAAUGACUUUGAAGGCUGACCACAUUGCUGCAGCGAAAUUGGUUAAGAGAGCGUUCCAGAAAUUUUUCUACAAGUGUGACGGGAAGUAUGCACCAUUUGCUCCACCAAAUAUAGUCAUGACGUGCGCGAAGACUCACAAGCCAGUAGGACUUAAGGAACGAUAUCAGGAGUGGAAGGGCUACAGGACUGGGGAUUAA